AUGCUGCCGACCACCUCAGUGAAUUCCCGGAGCCAAGGCAACGGCGCGCUGAGCCCCCGAGAUGCUGCGAGGCACACGGCUGGAGCCAAACGCUACAAGUACCUGCGGAGGCUCUUCCACUUCCGACAGAUGGACUUUGAGUUUGCUCUUUGGCAGAUGCUUUACCUAUUCACUUCGCCACAGAGGGUUUAUAGGAACUUUCACUACAGAAAACAGACGAAGGACCAAUGGGCGAGAGAUGAUCCUGCCUUUUUAGUACUGCUCAGUAUCUGGCUCUGCGUGUCUACUGUAGGAUUUGGAUUUGUGCUGGACAUGGGAUUUUUUGAAACAAUAAAGCUGCUACUUUGGGUUGUAUUCAUAGACUGCGUAGGUGUUGGCCUCCUGAUUGCAACUCUGAUGUGGUUCAUUUCCAACAAGUACUUGGUGAAGCAGCAGAACAGAGACUAUGAUGUGGAGUGGGGAUAUGCCUUUGAUGUUCAUCUCAAUGCCUUCUAUCCACUUCUAGUCAUUUUGCAUUUUAUCCAGCUGUUUUUCAUCAACUAUGUCAUCAUAUCUGAUUCUGUCAUUGGGUAUUUUGUUGGGAAUACAUUAUGGCUGAUUGCCAUCGGCUAUUACAUCUAUGUGACAUUCCUAGGAUACAGCGCACUGCCCUUUUUGAAGAACACAGCUAUUCUGUUGUAUCCGUUUGCACUCCUCAUCAUGCUCUAUUUGAUCUCAUUAGCAUGUGGAUGGAACUUCACCAAGAUGCUUUGUUCCUUUUAUAAAUACAGAGUGAAAUAAACCCAGGACUUCCCCUGUCUAAUGUUUAUUUUGGUUUUAUCUUAGCUGCCUGACAGUAAAGAAAGAGUUCAGAACAUUUUGUAAAUGGUUGUAAAUUUCUCUUUAUUGUAGAUAAUUGUGUAAAAAAACUUUGAAGUGUCCUUUUUUUAUUAAAAUAUUUACAACAGUAAACA